AUGGUGCAGAAGCACAGCCCGGCCCUGGCAUCAUACAGCCAGAUUUCUUGUAUAGGCACUGGUCUGAGCGCGAUCGCCCUCGGAGCGACACUGAAGCGAUGGUAUGGCAUGGAUGAUAUCCAUUUUUUUGAGCGUUAUCCAGACUGUGGAGGUACCUGGUUUAUCAGUUCAUACCCUGGAUGUGCUUGCGAUGUUCCCAGUGCGCUCUAUAGCUUCUCAUUCGCAUUGAGCGACCGCUGGACCAAGCUCAUGCCAUCAAACAAAGAAAUAAAAUCUUACACUGACGGUGUGGUGGACGCCUACGGUCUGCGUGAUAAGAUGACCUUUCUCACGGAAGUACAGUCAUGUGUUUGGCGCGAAGAGGCCUCCCGAUGGCUGAUGAAGCUUCGCAGCGUGAUCACCGGCAAUGUUACUUAUCACGAAUGCCACAUCCUUUUCGCGGCCACUGGACAGCUCGCGGAGCCUAAGCCCUGCGAUAUUCCCGGAGCCAAAUCCUUCAACGGAGCCCUGUUUCACUCCGCGAGAUGGGACCACAGCGUUGAUUUGAAGGGUAAAAAUGUGGUUGUCAUUGGGAAUGGAUGUACCGCUGCUCAGAUCGUGCCGGCCAUCGUGGACAGUACCAAAACCUUAACCCAAAUCAUUCGGAGCAAGAACUGGGUGUUUCAAGCUCCUAAUUUCACAUACCCGAAAGUUUUGCAGUGGGUCUUUCACUAUAUUCCGCUCGCCAUGCGACUCCACCGUCUGCACCUAUUUCUGAUAGCCGAAAAUGACUUCCGUCUGUUUCGUAUGACCAAGGCUGCCGCUAAACUUCGACGGAAGUGCCAGCAGCACGUCGAAAAGUAUAUGCAAGAGACUGCGCCGGCCAACUACCAUGACAUCCUUAUCCCAGACUUCGAUGUGGGGUGCAAGCGGCGGAUUUUCGACGACGGAUACCUCAAGUCACUUCACAAUGAGAAGUUGCAUCUCACCCAAACGAAAAUCACCGAAAUAUUGCCAGACGGCGUUAGGACGACAGAUGGAUUCUAUCCCGCUCAGGUCAUCGUGCUUGCGACGGGAUUCCAGACGAACAUAUUUCUGCAACAUACAGAGAUUCACGGUUGUGAAGGGACGCUCACAGAUCAUUGGAACAGAUACGAUGGUCCGGGAGCCUACAACUGCUCGGUUAUGAGUGGAUUUCCGAACUUUUUCCUGUUGCUCGGACCGAACACAGCAACAGGACAUACGUCUGCCUUGAUGGCAGCCGAAAACUCUGUGAACUAUGCGCUUCGGGUUCUCAAGCCUGUUCUGGAUGGCAAAGUAAGCUCUAUUAAUCUGAAACAGGAAGCUGAAGAUGAAUAUGUCUACCAAGUUCAAGAAACCCUUCGUCACCGUGUCUGGAAUGCAGGAUGUGCUUCGUGGUACGUAAAUAAGAAGGGGUGGAACGCAAUGACAUAUCCUUGGUCGCAGGCACAUUACUGGUACCGCAGCCUAUUUCCCACUAGAUCGGAUUGGACAUUGAAGCCAAUCCAGAGGCCCACUUCCCCCAAAAUUGGCCGCACUAUGGUGCUGGCCUUGAUUAUUGUGCUUGCGGCUGCGAUUGCUACUCAUCUACAAGGCCCGCAAUUUUGGUCAACCGCUUUGGCUAAAUUGAGUCAAAUGAUGGGCUUUGAUGAUGGGUUUUGA